AUGAGUAAUGGACCUCCUGCCGAAUCUGGGCCAAAAGAGCUCACUGCAAAUGAUAUGAGAUUGGUCUCUAUCGCAGUGGCGCAUUGUUUGAAAAACCCUGAAGGAAUUCAAGUGAGUCGAGUGCAAGCCCAAAUCUUCAUUUUAACCAUUGGCCUCGUGACGCAAGCCAUCCCGAGAUCUCUGAGAAUGAGGCAGAUUGACUACGGCCUUCUCGCCAAACACCACCCUUUCAAGAAUGCCGCCACCGCUAGCGUCAGCUGGAACAGAGUGAAACGCAAGCUGCUGAGUCUCCAAAACAUCGACCCAAGCGUUCAAUCUGUACAUGGCCGUGGUGGCGCCAAGAACAGUGGGGGACAAACCAAUGACGAUGGUAAUGAGGGAACCUCUACGCCUGUUGUUUCUAAGAAGGUAGGUCACUCCAAGCCGAAGCAGACAGUGAGCGCGGUCGGCAUUAACAAACGACAGCGUGCACGCAGCCAGAAGGAUAAGAGUACCCUUCCGAAAAAGCGCGCUAAGCUGGGGCCAGGAGGCGAAGAGGAGGAGGUUGUUGCUGAUAGCCUUGAGGAUAGUGACGAGUUUGUGAAGAAGGAGGAUGAAGUCGACGGCGUGGAUUUCGAGGGAGAGCCUGCAAAGACGCCCUUUUAG